GUGCUCACAUCUGGUACAUUAUCGCCUCUUUCGAUGUACUCGAAGUUGUUGGGCCUUGACAGAGUUGUUGUGAGUGAGGCUUUGGACAUCUCCUUGGAAAGGGAUUGUAUUCGUCCGUUGAUCGUCACUAGGAGUAAUGAUGUCGUCCUUAGCAGUAGUUUUCAGUCACGAAAGGACGAGGAAGUGUCGAAGUGUUAUGGCACGUUAUUGGAAGAACUUGUUCAAGUAGUUCCAGAUGGUGUGGUAUGCUUUUUCACAUCAAAGGUCUUCAUGCAACAGGUGGUUCGAACUUGGUACGAUUCUGGUACACUAGCACGACUAAGUACACAUAAAGUUGUCUUCUUCGAAACUGAUGAUGUUGUAUCUACUACUAUUGCACUGAGCAACUAUCGCGAGGCAUGCGACCAAGGACGUGGGGGACUUUUCCUUGCUGUAGCACGAGGAAAGGUUAGUGAAGGAAUCGAUUUCGAUCGUCAUUACGGGCGAGCAGUUGUUUUGUUUGGUGUACCGUUCCAGUAUUCACUAUCUCGCCGUUUGCGAGCACGGCUGGC